AUGCUUUCCAAGGCGCGUGUCGAAGACACGCACGUCAAGACGGUCAGCUUGGCCCGAGGCGUGGUGGCCACGCCGUCAGUAUUCCCGGGUUCUGGCACAUUCCCUCAUCACGCGGCCCUUCGCUCGCAAUCAGAUCGGCCGACUAGGAGUCAUAGCCCUGAGCUGGCGAGCACUCCCAAAGACCUCAGCAGUAUGUUGCAUUCCAUUGGCGUCGUGGAGUUGCUCGAACAAGACGAGAGGCCUACAUUCAUCGUCGAUCUCGGCGUAAGAGAAAACUACGGUGCCGGUCCGCUGCAACUCGCCUUUGCAAAUUCCUCCCUUCGAUCCUACGCCGGCUUGGAGGCCUUGGUAUCCGGUGUAUCGCCCGAGGACGCGUCACCUGGGCCGGCGACCUACCUGCAGUUCAAGGCAUGGCUCCUGAGCGCCGCGGUCAAUGGCGAGAGUCUUGAUAUGUGCAACCUGAUCAUGGCGUCGCCGCAUCCCGCAGCCAUGUACUGGGGCGACGACCUGAUCGCCAUCUACAACGAGGCAUACGUCAUGCUUGCCGGGCAGAAGCACCCCAAACUCAUGGGGCAGAGCUACAGCGAGGCCUGGUCGGAGAUCUGGGACGAAGUCAAGGAUGUGUUUGCCUCUGCGAGAAUCACCGGCGAAGCGACGAUGAAGGACGAUGACUGCCUAUUCGUACGGCGGAAUAUGUACCUCGAAGAAACGUACUUCAGCUGGAGCAUCAUCCCCAUGGUCGGUAGGGACGGCUCCGUCAUGGGCCUGUACAAUCCUGCGUUCGAAAAGACGCGACGGAAGAUCGCCGAGCGCCGCAUGUUGACGCUGCGCGAAGUUGGAGAGCGCACGGCGUCGGCGAGGGAUGUGAAGGCUUUUUGGUCGCAGGUUCUGGAAUCCUUUACCUUUAAUGAAUACGACUCCCCCUUUCUGCUGCUGUACAGCGUUGCCGACGAGAACGACAGCGACAGCAGCAGCAUCCAUUCCAACUCGGCUAUGAAUACUCGGCAAUGUUGGCUUGAAGGCAAGUUGGGUGUUCCUGACGGGCAUCCGGCAGCGCCGUUGCAGAUCGAUCUCAAAACUGGCACCGAAGGAUAUGGACCGGUGUUCAAAGAGGUCAUGAAGACCGAUCGACACGCUGUGCUAGAAGUGGGAAGCAAAGAUCUCCCCGCGACGCUGGUGCAAGAUUUGGAUCUACGAGGCUUCCCCGACCCUGUAAGAUCUGUGGUGGUGUGCCCCAUUCACCCGACGACGGGCGAGAGCGUGCUUGGCUUUUUGAUCUUGGGUGUGAACUCGCGACGACCGUACGAUGAUGACUAUGCGCUGUUUGUCCAGCUCUUGUCUCGCCAGUUGGCGACGUCACUGGCAUCCGUGGUGCUUUUCGAAGAGGAGAUCCGUCGAGGCCAACGAGCGGCUAAGCUUGCCGCGCUGGACCGCAUCGAAUUGUCGGAGAAGCUUGCUCAACGCACUCAGGAAGCGAUAGACAGUGAAACAAAGUUCACCCGCAUGGCGGAAUUCGCGCCAGUCGGCAUGAUGAUUGCCGGUUCGGAUGGCAAGCUGUCAUGGGCCAACGACACGUGGUACGAAAUCUCUCGCGUCCCGAGGGGUGUGUCCAUGGCAGAGGCGUGGAUGGAAUCCGUCAGGCCAGACGACCGGCCAUUGGUAGAGCGACUGUGGGAGGACCUGACGCUUCGAACAGAAGCAGUCAGCUCGGAAUUCCGCUUCAAGGCGCAGUGGGAAGACCGGAACGGCAAUCGUGGCGACACAUGGGCGCUGUUUUCGGGCUACCCAGAGCGAUACCAGGACGGGCGACUGAAGAGCGUGUUUGCCUCGAUUACGAACAUUUCGCAGCAGAAGUGGGCCGAAGGCAUCCAGACGCGCAAGAUGGAGGAGGCGGUGGAGCUGAAGCGACAGCAGGAGAACUUCAUCGACAUUACUUCGCACGAAAUGCGCAACCCGCUUUCCGCCAUUUUGCAGUGCUCGGAUGAGAUUUCAAGCAGUCUGACGCGCUUCAAGCAGGGUGAGGAGCGCGAGAUUUCGGACGAGCUGCUGUUGAGUUGUCUGGACGCCGCGCAAAUCAUCAGCCUGUGCUCCCAGCAUCAAAAGAGGAUCGUGGACGACAUUCUCACCCUCAGCAAGCUGGAUUCUCAGCUGCUCCUCGUCACUCCUGUCGACGCACAGCCUUUGACGGUCGUCCAGCGCGCGUUGAAAAUGCACGAGGGCGAGCUGCAAGCUGCCGAUAUCCAGUUGCAGUUCCUCGUCGACCAGACGUAUCGAGACCUCGAGCUGGACUGGGUGCGCUUCGAUCCCAGUCGCGUGCUGCAGGUGCUUAUCAACCUCACCACGAACGCCAUCAAAUUCACCGGCACAGAGGAGAAGAGGGUCAUCAGCGUGACCAUUUCGGCGUCCAGACAGCGGCCGAGCGAGGCUCCUAAUGCACCUGUGAAGUAUUUUCAAUCUCGGCGGAAGCAAAAGGACCUCACAGACAAGGACUGGGGCGAGGGAGAGAAGCUGUAUAUCCACUUUUCCGUCCAGGAUACCGGGCGAGGCCUGAACCCCGAGGAGAAGAAGAUGCUCUUCCUGCGCUUCUCGCAAGCCAGUCCCAGGACGCACGUGCAGUACGGUGGCUCCGGUCUCGGCCUUUUCAUCAGCAGAGAACUCACCGAGCUCCAAGGCGGUGAGAUUGGCGUGGAGUCCGAGGCUGGGCAGGGGAGUACAUUCGCCUUCUACGUUGUUGCAAGACGCAGCUCUGCGCCCGCGGACACGGACGGCGCGACGGGCGUCAAGCAGCAGCCCUCUCCUGCAGUCAUGCGAAAGAAGAGCCCCAAGGUCGCAUCGAAGAAGCGAAGCCAGAGCCUUGACGAAACCGGGGCCCUGCAAGCCAACUCCCCAACCACAAACACCAGCCCAUCCUUUACCAAGCUCGCUCCCAAACGCGUGCUCAUCGUAGAAGACAACCUCGUCAACCAGCGCGUGCUGCAAAAGCAGCUCAAAAACAUUGGCACUGAAGUGCACGUCGCCAACCAUGGCGGCGAGGCGCUCGACAAACUGCGCCAGUCGACGUACUGGGCGGAUCCGGCGACCGCCACGCCCGGCGCGAAGCUCGAGUUGGGUGUCGUGCUCAUGGACCAGGAGAUGCCGGUCAUGGACGGGCUGACGUGCACGCGCAAGAUCCGCGAGCUGGAGAAAGAAGGCAUGUUGACGGGACAUGUGCCGAUUAUUGCUGUGACGGCGAAUGCGCGCGCAGAACAGGUGCAGACUGCGCUUGAUGCUGGGAUGGACGAUGUCGUUUCCAAACCCUUCCGAAUCCCGGAACUGGUGCCCAAAAUCGAGGAGUUGCUGGCAAAGUACCCGGGCCCCGGUGCGUCUUGA